UCUCAUUCUCCCUCUCUCCUACUCAAGGAUAAAACUUUGUGCGAUCAAAGUUGAAGCCAGAAGAUGCGACUUCCUUCUGUUUCUUCCGCUCCUCACCUCCACAAGCUGCCUGAACGCCUUAAUAUCUCACUGGAAUAAUAUUCAUAUAGAAAUUAAUAUCAAGUGUCAGCAUCCUUCUCAGACUGACUUUAAACCGGGUCCCGGUCAGAGCUGAGGCACCAUGCCAGGUGAUCUCCCAGCGGUCGGCUCCUUCGUGGCCGCGGACUACGUGGUGUUCGCCCUCAUGCUGCUGGUGUCGGCCGCGGUGGGGGUCUAUUACGCCUGGGUGGACCGGAGCCAGGGGAGCACCGGGGAUUUCCUGAUGGGGGGCCGCAGCCUCACCGCCGUGCCCGUGUCCCUGUCGCUCACGGCCGGCUUCAUGUCCGCCAUCACGGUGCUGGCCAGCCCGGCCGAGGUGUACCGGUACGGAGCCGUCUUCGGUCUGGUGGGUCUCUCCUACAUCUUCACUGUCGUGGUGACCUCUGAGAUCUUCCUGCCGGUCUUCUACAGGCUGGCCAUCACCAGCACCUACGAGUACCUGGAGCUGCGCUUCAACAGAGCCACCAGGCUGAUGGGCACCGUCCUCUUCAUCGUUCAGACCGUGCUCUACACCGGGAUCGUCAUCUACGCCCCGGCUCUGGCUCUGAACCAAGUGACCGGCAUGGACCUAUGGGGAGCUGUCGUCUCCACAGGGAUUGUCUGCACAUUCUACUGCACCUUGGGCGGCCUGAAGGCGGUGGUGUGGACAGACGUGUUCCAGGUGGGGGUGAUGCUGGCAGGCUUCAUGGCCGUCAUCAUCAGGUCUGUGCUUCUCCAGGGAGGGAUCGGCCCAAUCAUCCAACACUCACAGCAGGGAGGCAGGCUCAACCUCUGGGACUUCGACAUGAACCCCCUGAGGAGACACACCUUCUGGACCCUGACCGUCGGGGGGACCUUUGUGUGGGUCAGCGUGUACGGUAUCAACCAGGCCCAGGUCCAGAGGUACCUCUCCUGCAAGACCAUCACCCACGCCAGAAUGGCUCUGUACCUGAACCUGAUUGGCCUGUGGGUGGUGCUGGUGUGUUCUGUGAUCUCGGGUCUGUGUCUCUACUCCGUCUAUAAGAGCUGUGACCCCUGGACCACGGGCCAAGUGACCGCGCUCGACCAGCUGAUGCCCUACCUGGUGAUGGACAUCCUCAGGAGCUACCCCGGCGUCCCAGGGCUGUUCGUGGCGGCGGCGUACAGCGGCUCGCUCAGCACAGUCUCGUCCAGCAUCAACGCCUUGACCGCGGUCACUGUAGAAGACCUGAUCAGACCUCACAUCGAUCUGUCAGAGAAGCACCUGUCGUGGGCAUCCAAAGGCCUUAGUCUUCUGUACGGGGCUCUGUGCAUCGCCAUGGCGGCCAUCGCUUCCCUCAUGGGGGGGGUGCUACAGGCCGCCAUCACCAUCUUCGGCAUCAUCGGCGGACCUUUGCUCGGUCUCUUCACGCUGGGCAUCCUGUUCCCUUUUGCUAAUUCCAAAGGGGCCGUGUUGGGGCUGCUCUCGGGCCUGGUGGUCGCCCUGUGGGUGGGGAUCGGAGCCCAGAUAUACCCUCCCCCCGCGGCGAUGAGCAGGCCGCUGGACCUCAGCACGGCUGGAUGUAACUUCUCCACGGGCUUCUCCAACUGGAGCAGCACGGCCCUGCCCCCUCCACACAGCCCCUUCACCAGAGAGAGCACCUUCAGCCCAGAGAGCACCACCCUGCUGCCUCCACACGGCACCGUCACCCCAGGCUCACCAGAGAGCAGCGUCUUCAGGCCUGUGCUGGCGGACAGCUGGUACUCUGUGUCCUACAUGUACUUCAGCCCAAUAGGAACCCUCACAGCCCUGACAGUGGGCGUGGUCGUCAGUCUACUAUCAGGAGGGUGGAAGGUGAACGUUGAUUCUCGGCUGACACUGAUGAAAGAAGACACAACGUGCUAUCACAUCUUCAGAUUCUUCAAGGAGAAGGUUGCUGGCCGAACGAGAAACUUUGACCUCACAAAGAACGAAGCGAGGAAGAUGGGAAACACUAACUUGGCUUUUUCUGACGUCGAGCUGGACUUGACCAAAGGACAUGUUACGACUUGAUGUUAUAGGACAGUAACAUCACAUCGAAAGGAUAGUUCUGAUAAUGUGUGUAAAAAAUCAUUAAGUUAAUAGAAUAAAUAUCGUUGAGCAAAUUA